AUGCAUCCUUUAACCAAAGAACAUCCUCUUUCUAUGUAUGAUUGGGUCCAAGAUGCAAUACAUGAAAGGUCAAGAUUGAAUUCAUUAAGAAGGACUGCUGCUGCUAAUGGAAAUCGAUCUCCUUGGAGUAGUUGGUUAAAACUUUCAUAUGAAGCUGGUCAAGCAUGGAUAGUCGUAUCUAUAGUGGGCGCACUGAUUGGUUUGAAUGCAGCAUUAAUAGAUAUUAUUACGGAAUGGCUUGCAGAUAUAAAAAUGGGAUAUUGUAAAAAUUCAUGGUGGUUAAAUCAAAAAUUUUGUUGUUGGGAAAUUGAAAAAGAAGAUGGAUCUUGUGAAGAAUGGCAAAAUUGGUCAUCAUAUUUUAUAAUAAAUUGGAUUUUCUUUAUUUUUUUUGCGACAUUGUUUGCUGCAGCUUGUGCGCAUACGAUUCGUAUUUUUGCUCCUUAUGCUGCUGGAUCUGGCAUUUCGGAAAUUAAAUGUAUUUUAGCAGGGUUUGUUAUGAAAGAAUUUUUAGGUGGUAGGACUUUAUUAUUGAAAAGUAUUGGCUUGCCAUUGGCGAUUGCAUCAGGAUUAAGUAUUGGUAAAGAAGGUCCAUCAGUACAUACAGCUGCUUGUAUUGGAAAUGUUGUUUCAAGAUUAUUUGGAAAGUAUAAAAUAAACAAAGCUAAAAUGAGAGAAAUUACAUCUGCAUCUUGUGCAGCUGGUGUUGCUGUUGCUUUCGGAUCACCAAUUGGUGGUGUUUUAUUUUCUUACGAGGAAAUGAGUUCAAAUUUUCCAAUGAAAACAAUGUGGAGAAGUUUCUUUUGUGCAUUAGUUGCAACUGUUGUAUUACAAGCAAUGAAUCCUUUUAGAACUGGUAAAUUGGUAAUGUUCCAAGUUGAGUACGAUCGGGAUUGGCAUUUCUUUGAAAUCUUUUUCUUUAUAAUAUUAGGAAUAUUUGGUGGUUUAUAUGGCGCACUGGUUAUUAGAUAUAAUCUAAUGAUUCAAUCAUUUCGUAAAAAAUUCCUUCUAAAAGACUACUAUGCAGUUUAUGAGGCUGCUAUACUUGCUUCCAUAACAGCACUUAUUGGGUACCUUAAUAUAUUUAUGAAAAUGGAUAUGACUGAAACUUUGGGAAUUUUAUUUCAAGAAUGUGAAACAAAAACUCAUGAUUAUGAAGGUUUAUGCAAGGAUUCUGAAAUGUUUAGAAUGGCUUGUUUAUUAUUUAUAGCAACAGUUUUACGUUUUGGAUUUAUUAUAAUCACUUACGGAACAAAAGUUCCAGCUGGUAUAUUUAUUCCUUCGAUGGCUGUUGGUGCAACUUUUGGUAGAUUUUUAGGACUUUUUGUUAAGGCUUUAUAUAUAGCAUAUCCUGAAUUUCCACUAUUUGCAAGCUGUAAACCUGAUGUCCCUUGUGUCACACCGGGAAUGUACGCAUUUUUGGGUGCUGCUGCUGCACUUGGUGGGGUUAUGCAUCUCACAGUUUGUAUAGUUGUUAUUAUGUUUGAGUUGACUGGUGCUUUAACUUACAUAUUACCAACAAUGAUUACUUUGAUGGUUACCAAGACAGUUGGUGAUUUAUUUGGAAAAGAAGAAUAUACAUUUGGUGUUCCAGUUGCAACCAUUAUGAGAAAAAAUCUUACAGUAAUGACAGCAUCAGGAUUAAAAUUGGACGAAAUUGAACGAAUAUUAUCAGAAUCAAAUUUUCAAGGGUUUCCAGUGGUACAAGAUAAAAGAAGUAUGCAACUUUUAGGACAUAUAGGACGUCCUGAACUGAAAUACGCAAUUGAUAAAGCAAAAAGAAUAAAAGGAACAUCAAUUGGAACUGCGCAUUGUUUUUUUAACAGUUUUGAUGAUUUUAAUAAUAAUAGCAUUUAUGUUACUACUAAUAAUGAUCCUGAUGUUGGUGGUGGUGAUGGAGAAAGUAGUAAUAGCAGUUCAUCUAAUUUUAUAGAUUUUGGUCCUUUUGUUGAUCAGACGCCUAUAACGGUGAAUCCUCGUUUGCCAUUAGAAACCGUCAUGGAUUUAUUUAAGAAAAUGGGAGUAAUAUUAAUUGAACAUAUAGAUAGAUUAGUUG